GGGAUUGGGAGUGAGGUCUGGCAUGGACGCCGUCGCCCUCCCACCCUCGGUAUCUUCGUGUUCGUGUGGUCGCUAGCGGUCAGACGUCUCGCCGUUCAUGCUUCCACUCUCCGCCCGCCCUCUUGGAAUUUGCUACUUUAAAGAAGACCGGCGCUGUUGCGUGGCUAAAAACAUGUGGCUACAGGCUAGGUGUACCGGCCCUUUGGUGCACUGCCUGAUACGUUUUGUGCGCCACUAAACCUGCCCAAUAAGCCGCCAGUGAGGUCAUACCCCGGUGGGGCGUUGAGGCAGGUUUAUGAGGGAGUAGUCCAGAUGUGGUUCGUGUCCACACACCACCAUCGCCACAUGGGAACGAAGCUCCGCAAAGCGCCGGACGUGCCGCGUUGCAGGUCCGCCAGCCGCAGUCCACGACGCCCUUGAGACGACCUCGCUGGUGGUCCCGGGCGCGAGAGGGCUGAGUGGAGAACGCCAGCUCAUCGCCAUGACAAGCGUUCGCAGACCCGCCGCCGACCAUGCGUGCAAGAUGAGUAAGAAGGACGGUUCGAGCAAUUCGGAGAGUCUGUACAGAAUCCAGCCGCACUACUAUGUGCAUGUUCUUGACCAAACCAGCAACGUCACCCGGGUAGAGGUCGGCCCCCAGACCUUUAUCAGGAAGGACAAUGAAAGGGUUAUCGUCGGACCGAGCGCGAUGGUGGUGGUACCGCCACGCCACUACUGCAUCGUCGAGAACCCGGUGGCGCGCGAGGAGGGGCGCGUGGUAUUCGACGCUAGCGGCCAGGCGCGCCUGCUGCACGCCGACACCGAGGUGCGCCUCUUCCAGGACCCAUUUCCGCUGUACCCGGGCGAGCGGCUGGCCUCGGCCGUGUUGCCGCUCAAGGUGGUGCCCGCCAACCGGGCGCUGCACCUGCGCGCGUUGCGCGACUUCAAAGAGGGCGAGGAGGCGCGCGAGGCCGGCGACGAGUGGCUGUUCGGGCCCGGCACGUACGUGCCGCGCCCCGAGGUAGAGAUCUUGUCGGAGAUCAGCGCCACGAUCAUCGGGCCUAACCAGGCGCUGCGGCUCCGCGCGCGACUGGAGACGGUCGACCGCAAAGGCGUGAAGCGCGUGGCCGGCGAAGAAUGGAUCGUCUCGCAGGUGGGCGCCUACCUGCCCGGCGAGUACGAGGAGGUGGUGGAGCUGGUCAACGCACGCGUGCUGACGGAGAAGACGGCGCUGCUGGUGCGUGCCACGCGCACGUUCACCGACCAGCGCGGCGUGCGGCGCAAGAAUGGCGAGCAGUGGCUGGUGCGCUUCUCUGACAUGGAGGCGUUCAUCCCGGAUGUGUACGAGGAGGUGGAGGAAGAGCUGGAGAUAACGACGCUGACGAGCCGCCAGUACUGCGUCGUGUGCGACCCGGUCGGACCCAACGGCAAGCCUCAGCUCGGCCAGCGCAAGCUGAUCAAGGGCGAGAAGUCGUUCUUCCUCGAGCCAGGUGAGUCGCUGGAAGACGGCAUCAACGACAACUACAUCCUGCAGGAGGACGAGGCGCUGGUGCUGCGGGCCAGCGAGGGCUUCACUGACGACACGGUGAGCCCGCCGGUGGCGCGUCGGCCCGGCGACCGCUGGAUGGUGCACGGCCCCGUGGAGUUCGUGCCGCCCAUCGAGGUGGAGGUGGUGCUGCAGCAGUCGGCGAUCCCGCUCGACCGCACCGAGGGCAUCUACGUGCGCAACAACCGCACGGGCGAGGUGCGUGCCGUCUGCGGCCAAACCUACAUGCUGACGCAGGACGAGGAGCUCUGGAGCAAGGAGCUGCCGACCAGCGUCACCGAGCUGCUCAAGGCGGACGCGCUCGCCGACCGCGGCGCCUACUCGCAGCUGCGCGAGGCGCGCGGCCAGGCGAGCCAGGCGGCGCACAUGGACAAGACGCGUGUCGUAACCUACCGCGUGCCACACAACGCGGCCGUGCAGGUGUAUGACUACAAGCAGAAGCGGUCGCGUGUGGUCUUCGGCCCCGACCUGGUGAUGCUCGAGCCGGACGAGGAGUUCACACAGCUCUCGCUCUCUGGCGGCAAGCCGAAGAAGCCGAACACGAUCCGCGCGCUCUCGCUGCUGCUGGGGCCUGACUUCUGCACCGACAUCGUGACCGUCGAGACGUCCGACCACGCGCGUCUCUCGCUGCAGAUCGCCUACAACUGGCACUUCGACGUAGGCAACAAGACGGCUGAGGACGCCUGCAAGAUCUUCAGCGUGCCGGACUUCGUCGGCGACGCAUGCAAGGCGAUUGCCUCACGCGUGCGCGGCGCCGUGGCACAGCGGCCGUUCGACGACUUCCACAAGAACUCGGCCAAGAUCAUUCGGCAGUCGGUGUUCGGCACGGACGAGGCGGGCAAGGUGCGCGACCGUUUCGUCUUUCCGCAGAACAGUCUGGUGGUGACGUCAAUCGACAUCCAGAGCGUGGAACCGGUGGACCAGCGCACACGGGACUCGCUGCAGAAGUCGGUGCAGCUGGCCAUCGAGAUCACGACCAACGCGCAGGAGGCGGCCGCCAAGCACGAGGCGGAGCGCACCGAACAGGAGGCGCGCGGCCGCCUCGAGCGCCAGAAGAUCAAGGACGAGGCGGCCGCCGAGCUGGCGCGCAAGGAGCUGGUCGAGCUGCAGACGGCGUGCGCCGCCAUAGAGAGCACCGGCCAGGCCAAGGCCGAGGCGCAGAGCCGCGCCGAGGCGGCACGCAUCGAGGGCGAGGCGGCCGUGGACCAGGCGAGUCUGAAGGCGCGCGCCGCCACCAUCGAGGCCGAGUCCGAGCUGGAGCGGCUGCGCGCAGCGCGCGAGGCCGAGCUCAAGUACACCGAGGAGAGCAACCAGCUGGAGAUCGCGCGCUCCAAGGACAUGGCCGGCAUCGAGAUCGAGAAGUUCCGUCAGAUGGUGCAGGCGAUGGGCACGGAAACCCUGCAGGCCAUGGCCACGGCUGGCGGCGAUCAGCAGGUGAAGAUGCUGCAGAGCCUGGGCCUGCAGUCGACGCUUAUUACCGACGGUCGCACGCCCAUCAGCCUACUGAACACCGCGCAGGGUCUGGUCGGCCUGCAGCCGGGCGUUCCGCCGGCACCCCGGCACUAGAGCUGCCAUCUACUGGGAGUGUCGUGCACUGCAGCUACCGCAAGAUGCCGGCGGUGUGUUUUGGAGCACGCGUGGCGCCGUUUGCUUGUUUGCCUAGUUCAGGGUUGGCGGGGAGCGAGAGACUAGUGCGCAAGGUGCAUCGAAUCCCGUUUUCGGACUGCUUCCUUUUCUAUCCAGCGGAGGGUGGAAGCCAGUCAACGUUUGCAAGUGCUAUAGAUGGAUUAUCCAUUAUUCUCCUGAUCUUUAGACUUAAAACGUACUUUGUAGAGAACGAGUCGUUGCUAGUUCUAAAUAAUGGCAAUUGUCUUUAUCACCGUCUGCCUCUUAAUGUCGAGUCGAUGACGCGACCCGUACAAGCUAAGAUACGUGCAAAUGAAUCGCCGGUGCGAUUUCGUUACGUCCUGCUGUGUUGUCUUGCGGUGCUGCUUCUGGUAUGGUUUGCACACAUUUUCUGUGACCAAGACCUGUGGUCCAACCGCUUCUGUGAUCGACGUGGCCUGCGAGUUUGCCUUGUGAAGCAUUGCAUACUAGAAUAAACUAUCCAAUAUAGCUGAA